UCCUGCAGGUUGUUUCACCUUUUUUUCAGUCCUGAUGUCUUGUCAUCUCUCUCUCAGUAGGUUACUUGACUAAGCCUGAAGUAUUCAAAGCAUUAAAUAAAACAGAAAUAAAAAAUAGUAAAAGGGGAAACCGGGUGAACUUGUCAGCCUGGAACAAUGAACACCUUUUGGAAAGCUGUCACCUUCCUGAGUGCUGUCAUCGCAGCGGCUCAGGGCCUGAACUGCCGUCAGUGUCCUCUCGGUGUGAACGGACUGUGCCUGUUCGGUAGCGAGGUCUCGUGUAAUAAUGCAACUGAGAGCUGUUAUAGUGGAGACGCACAGUUCAAUGCCACUGGGACGUUCACCCUGCACACCCGCGGCUGCCUGGACUCAGACUUGUGUGGGAAAACGCUGACCGGCAACAUCCUGAACGCUGGUUACACCAGCAGCUUCAAGUGUUGCACCACAGAUCUGUGUAAUGGAGCCUCCUCUGUCCAGAUCUCUCUGACCGUGGCCCUGUGUGGUGUCCUCCUGUCCUCUCUCUGGGGCACCUGGGAGUUGUAGUGUUGCAGGAUCCAGCCCCUGUUUCUACUGAUUUUGCCUGUUUGUACUAAACACUUCAAUAAAAUCCAAGAAUCAUAAUUAAAACAAAAAAUAA